GUAUGAGUAUGUCUUCAAAUUUUUUCCUAAUGCCAUGUACCAUAGGGUGCACUUACAGCUGUUUCACAUUUUGCAGAUUAAGAAAAAAGCAAAAUAAAAGGGCAUGGAAUAAAUUUUUGAUAUAAUCUACCACACAGCCACGGUGUUGUGAAGCACUGCCAUAGUUACGAUUUUCAUCAGUGCCUACAGGGCCUGAAUGUCUGUGCACUUCCAAGUCAACUCUCUUGUGAUAGGAGAGACCCUAAUGCUAUAUUUAGCCUUGCCCUUGGGUCACUUUGCAGUCGUCUCAUUGGCUGCUCGCCCUGUCACUUCAAGAAAUGAGCAAGUGGUGGGCCUGAUAGUUUACAUUAGAGAGUGUGCCCUGUACCAAAAUUAACCCCAGGGAGACAGAGGAGGGAGGGGGGUCAAAAGAAGACUCUCUGGCAGUGCUUUCAACAGGUCUGGAUUGCGUGACCCAACAACACUCUGUGCUUUGGAUAAGAAAAACGUAAUUGACUUAUUGUGAUCAGGGCCGUGACCACAGACAGUCUGGAUUUCAUUCCCAUUCAAGGACAUUGCUUUAACAUGGGCCUGAGUCUGGGGCCUGUGUGAGUAACCCGCAUGGGUCCAUGCUUACGGCUUCAGUGCCACUGCUGGAGAUGUAUUCGCUGACAAGAAUCAGUCCAAAGCACAAGCUGCAAUGGGAGACUGGGGCUUGCUGGGAAAGCUACUUGAGAGUGCCCAAGAGCACUCCACAGUGAUUGGCAAGGUGUGGCUGACUGUCCUCUUCAUCUUCCGUAUCCUGGUGCUGGGCACGGCUGCCGAGAAAGUGUGGGGAGAUGAGCAGUCUGGCUUCACCUGUGACACCAAACAACCUGGUUGCCAGAAUGUUUGCUAUGACAAGACUUUCCCUAUCUCCCACACCCGCUUCUGGGUACUUCAGAUCAUAUUCGUGUCCACACCCACACUUAUCUACCUGGGUCACAUCCUGCACCUGGUUCGGAUGGAAGAGAAACACAAGCAGAAAGAGAAGGAACUCUCACAGCAGGGGGACAACCAGCCCCUCAUUGGUGAAGCCAAAGCCAAGAAGCCCUCAGUACGUGAUGAUCAAGGCCACAUUCGCCUACAGGGGGAUAUUCUGCGCACUUAUGUCUUUAACAUCGUUUUCAAGACCUUGUUUGAGGUAGGCUUUAUAGUCGCACAAUAUUUCCUGUACGGAUUUGAACUCAAACCUCUCUACGUAUGUGAUCGGCCACCCUGCCCCAAUCCUGUGAACUGCUACAUCUCCAGACCCACAGAGAAGACUAUUUUCAUUAUCUUCAUGCUAGCUGUAGCAUGCUUCUCGCUUCUUCUUAACCUAGUGGAAAUAUAUCACUUGGGUUUCACCAAGUGCCGUCAAAGCAUCGGUUACAGAAAGGAUGAACUGCCAUCUGAGACAUCUUCCAAGGCGCCGAGUGAUGCAGCUGAUCCAUUUGUGCCACCUUAUAACUAUUUCCACCAAUCUUCUUAUCAACCUGCCCCAGGAUAUGUUCCACGCAUUGGUGAUCCAGACUCCUUUCUUCCGUAUAACACCAAAGCAGUCUGCAAGCAGAACAAGGACAACUUUGCUGUUGAGAGAAAUGGUAAGCCAGAGGAAUUUGACCUGAAAAUAAAGAAAGGCUCAGGUUCACCUCCUGGGUCACCGGGGGCUCAACAGAGCAGGUCCAGCCGAGCUGGCAAGUUCAGCAACAAAACCAGGAUAGAUGAUCUGAAGAUCUGAUAUUGAUUUUGAAAAUGCUGAAAUAUUCAAAAGAAUCUUUUUGCUUUAAACCAUGGCUUUUGAAGCUUUCAUAAUAGAACAUUAGAAAGUCCUGAUGUAAUUGUUAAAUUUCAUUCAUUAGCACAAACAUUUUUUUACAGCUUCCACUUAUGCCAAAAUGAACUACAAGAUGCUGUUAACACUAAAUCCCAUUUUGCGAGUUCAGACCAUGCCUUCAACUUGUUGUGGUAGUGUUAGGGAUGAUUUAAGGAAUUGAGAGAACUCAAAACUUGGCCUGGAGUUCUGGGCGGCUUCUGCCUGGAGCUAGAAGGCCGGACCCUGCUACUUAUGUGGUACGACCGAUAUAGGACUGAGGAACAGACAAGAGAUAGGGUGGUGGUGGGGACUGUGAAAGCUUUGUCAUGAGAAACAGAAAGUAGAGAUGACAAUUCGUAGGGCAUUUACACUGGAAGGUGGAAGGCUUUCAGGCAUGGCCCUCCUCCCAAACUUUAGUUAUUUCAUAACUGCUUUUAAAAGUCCAGUAGAGGACCAUAUGCAAUGGAAAUUUUCAUUUUUGUUAUAGUACAUGACUUAAAAAAGCCUUUUACCAUCAUUAAAAUGUCUGACAAACUUUUUAUUGAUGUUAUACUGUGUCUAUUUACACUAAUCUCAAUUAUUUCUAUUAUCUGCAUCAACUUCUAUACAGUUAUUAAGAUUUCUAGUGUCAUUAUAUGAAUUGAAAUAAGCAUUUACACUUCUGGUUUAUUAUCAGUAUGCCCCAAAGGACCUUGGCACAUGUAAAGUUACAGUACAUAUCAGGUGGCACAUGGAAUAAGGGACAAAAUAAAUAACACCCAUCCAGAAAA